CCGGAAGUGGUCCCCCGUUGGCAGGCGGAGAGGCCGUUGGAGUGGGAGCCAUGAGUGUGCCGGCUUUUAUCGACAUUACCGAGGAGGACCAGGCCUCUGAGCUUCGAUCCUACCUGAAGUCAAAAGGAGCUGAAAUUUCUGAAGAAAACUCUGAAGGUGGACUACACGUUGAUUUGGCACACAUAAUCGAAGUUUGUGAUAUCUGCUUUAAAGAAGAUGACAAAGAUGUGGAGAGCGUAAUGAACAGCAUUGUGUCUCUUCUCCUUAUUCUGGAGACUGAAAAGCAGGAAGCACUGACUGAAAACUUAUGUGAGAAACUGCUGAAAGCGUGUGAUGGUGAGCGAUCAUCUCUCCGACUGCAGUUGCUACGUAAUCUUUUUCAUGGAAUGGAGGAGAAUGCUCCUGCGAGAUACAUUGUAUACUGUAGUCUCAUCAAGGUGGCAUCAUCCUGUAAUGCUAUUCAGUAUAUUCCUUCUGAUCUUGAUCAGGUUCGUAAAUGGAUAUCAGACUGGAACCUCAGUGUAGACAAGAAACAUCAUGUACUCCGAUUGCUUUAUGAAGCCCUGGUGGACUGCAAAAAAAGUGAUUCUGCAGCUAAAAUUAUGGUGGAAUUGCUUGGCAGCUAUACAGAAGAUAAUGCCUCACAGGCAAGAGUUGAUGCUCACAGGUGCAUUGUAAGAGCACUGAAGGAUCAAAACACAUUUCUUUUUGACCAUCUACUUGCUUUGAAACCUGUUCGAUUUCUGGAAGGAGAGCUUAUUCAUGAUCUUUUGACAAUUUUUGUCAGUGGAAAAUUAGCAGCAUAUGUCAAAUUCUACCAGAAUAACAAAGACUUCAUCGAUUCACUAGGACUUUCUCAUGAACAGAACACAGCAAAGAUGAGACUGCUAACUUUGAUGGGAAUGGCAGUGGACAACAAGGAGAUUUCUUUUGAUACUCUUCAACAGGAACUUCAGAUUGCUGAAGAUGAUGUUGAAGCAUUCAUUAUAGAUGCUGUUCGUACAAAGAUGGUAUACUGCAAAAUUGAUCAAACACAACGCAAAGUAGUUGUAAGUCACUCUACACACAGAACCUUUGGAAAACAACAGUGGCAGCAGUUGUAUGACAGUCUUAACUCCUGGAAACAGAACUUGAACCAGGUGCGGAAUAGCCUCCUCAGCAUUUCCACCACAUAAAGUCUAAAAUGAAGGGACUUGCCAAUCAAUUCAUUUUUAAGAUCAUUGUCAGAAUUAAGAUUUGUUUUAAAAACAAAACUGCUAUUUGAAUAAAGAUCUAUGGAAUAA